AUGCAUGCGUCUUCCCAUUUUUAUUAUCCUAAUUUAUUCUACUUACUCAACCACACUGUUUGGUCGAAGGAAAGCAAGCGGGUCACUCGACUGGUAUGCCGACAAAUGACAUCGCCGAAGAUUUUGAAGAUGAGUUGGGGCUCCAUCUCGUUGGAGAAAAUCGGUGAGGAUGGAAAGGCUGUCAAGGGUGAGGAAGUCGUCUACAGAGAUGCUAAGGUCUGGCCCGGCGGCAGUUGUGGAUGGGACUGGAACAAGGGCGGCACCUCGCACUGGGGCGGCAUAACACGCGAGGACGUGGAGGAUUUGAAGGAAAAAGGUGCGGAGGUGGUAGUACUGACCCGAGGCCAGUGGGCCUUCCUUCAUGUCCCACCUGAAGUUGUGAAGGAGCUGGAGGCUCUCAAUUUCAAGGUCAUUGUGGAACGCACAGCUCCCGCAAUGGAGACGUACAAUAAACUGGUCACUGAGGGGCAUCGUGUUGCUGGCCUCUUCCACACCACUUGCUGA